AUACGGUUUGUAGACAGCAAUAAAGAAUAAUUUUGGCAGGAAAGAGGGAAGUGGGCAGCUAACUCAUCCUUUGUACCAACGUCCUCAACUACCAGCGGAGCAAAAUGAAGGCUGCCAAAUAAAGCAUUUCCUCCAUAGCCUUGCAAACCUUCCUCCACCUCUCCCACAGUGGAAAGUGCUGCCUCUGACAAGCUCUUCCCUGGUCGUAUUUCUAAGCUCAUAUGAAGGAUGUUGAAGAGACUGUCUCACAUAAAGAUCUUGAAAGGCUGCAGGGACUUCUUUGCCAGUGAGAACUAAAGCAUGACUGCCAUCCAGGAAGUGAGUGGAUUUUUCCUUCCAUUUCCCUGAAAAACUUGCCAAAUUCCUGAGAAACAAAAUUUUUUUUCUGAAGCUGUUGAAGCUCAUAUGAAGAGAGAAGAGGACAUUUUUUUUAGCCCUGCAAAGCUACCUGGUAUUUGAAAUGCUGAAGAGGAAAUUACGGUUUUGCUACAACUCACGCUUCAGGCUUUUCUUGGGUCUAACUCUCAUCUUAGUAAUAAUUUCAGUUUUGAAAGUUAACCAGAAAGAAGACUUCCGAAACCGGAGACAUCUGGAGCUAACAAAAGAAGAUCCUAUUAGCGAUGUUAACUGCACCAAGAUUAUUGAGGGGGAUAUAGAAGAAAUACAAAAGGUACAGCUUGAGGCAUUAUCAGUGUCAUUUAAGAAGCGCCCCAGACUAACAACAGAUGAUUAUAUUAACAUGACUGCAGACUGUGCCUCCUUCACCAAGACUAGGAAAUACAUUAUGGAACCUCUCAGUAACGAAGAAGCAGAAUUUCCAAUUGCUUACUCAAUAGUAGUUUAUCACAAAAUUGAGAUGCUUGAUAGACUUCUAAGAUCAAUCUAUGCUCCACAGAAUUUUUACUGCAUUCAUGUAGACAAAAAGUCUCCAGAAUCCUUUUUUGCUGCUGUGAAGGGAAUAGUGUCAUGUUUUGAUAAUGUCUUUAUUUCCAGCCAGUUAGAGAGUGUGGUAUAUGCUUCGUGGAGCAGAGUGCAGGCAGACAUUAACUGCAUGAAAGAUCUCCAUAGAAGAAGUUCAAACUGGAAAUACCUAAUAAACCUAUGUGGUAUGGACUUUCCUAUAAAGACCAACAAGGAAAUAGUAGAGAAAUUAAAAGCCCUUAAGGGUGAAAACAGCUUGGAAACAGAAAAAAUGCCUGUUUAUAAAGAAGUAAGGUGGAAGAAACACCAUGAGAUUAUUGAUGGUAAAAUAAAGAACACAGGCAUAGACAAACAACUACCACCUCUCAGUACUCCAGUUUUUUCUGGCAGUGCCUAUUUUGUAGUUAGCAGGAGCUUUGUAGAAUAUGUACUAGAAAACAGCAAAAUACUUAAGUUCAUUGAGUGGGCGAAAGAUACUUACAGCCCAGAUGAGUACCUGUGGGCAACAAUUCAGAGAAUCCCUGAAGUCCCAGGCGCGUUCUCUUCCAGUGACAAGUAUGACGUUUCUGACAUGAAUGCCCUGGCCAGGUUUGUCAAGUGGCAGUACUUUGAAGGUGAUGUGUCCAAAGGUGCACCCUACCCACCAUGCAGUGGAGUUCACAUUCGCUCUGUGUGUGUUUUUGGAGUAGGAGACUUGAACUGGAUGCUACGGAACCACCACUUAUUUGCUAAUAAGUUUGACACUGAUGUCGACCCUUUUGCAGUGAAAUGCUUGGAAGAGUAUUUGCGACACAAAGCCCUGUAUCUGCAAAAGAACUGAGAUGUGUGCUUCUGUUGGGAAACAUAAGUACAGAUACUCUACUGCUACAUACUUUAACGUUUUACAGCAGUCGUGGUGAUGCUGAUAAUGGGUAUAAGGACUCUCACCAUGUUGGUCUAGUGCUGCUCAUGUCCUGCCUUGUCCAUGGAUGAGAGGGAGAAAACAUGUCUUGAGUAUGCCUUGUGGCACACUGAAGUUUGGAGCUUUAGGUACAAAAUCAGCAAGAAAGCCAACUAUUUGGAAUAUUUAUUAUCUAGAAGGUAUAAUUAAUGGUCUUUCUUUGGCUUCUAUGCCUCAAAACUGUUUUAAGGCAUAGAAAAUGCAUGUUGUUCAUGGUUAUUCUCAAAUUUUUUUUUCCAUGAAUGUAAUGAAUGCUAACUGGAAGAGAAAGAUGAAGGGGGGGGUACAAAGCAGCUGGACUGCACUUCAUACUGAAUAUUAAAAGAUCUCAGGAAUAUAACAUUAGAAGUUAUCUAAAAGCUAUGCAAAAGGGGAUAUGCAAAGCCAGCUGUUAUCAUUUUACUUAGAUCUGUUUGCUGCAGUUCUGUUACAUGUAAUUCUUAAUCCUCCUGAAAAUUUUGUCUUCAGCAUGGAGUAUCAAAGAAUUCAAAUCUUUUGUAUUCUUAAAGCACCCUGAUAUUGUGAUAUGAAGUUUAUACACUAGUACGUAAUUACAUCUUCUCAGGGAAACUUCAGUUUUGUGCCUGAUGAGAUUAGACUUGUAAUUUUACAUUUCUUACUGUAUGGGGAGUUUUGCUUUUGUAUCCAAAAUUGAUGAAAUUUCUCAAAACUUAAAGAACUGCAGUAGUGUCUAAAUAUUACUGAUGGAACUGCUGGUUUCUGCUUUCUGUCAAGCUCAACUUGCAUUCCAGAUUAUUUUAAUACUAAGUACGGAAAAAAUAAAAUUAUUUUUUUAAAUGA